AUGGAUAGAAAGUCUGCUAGAAUAAAAGCAGAGUUGCAAAGAUAUGGUUGGAGAGUUUCGAAGAAGUUUAAAUAUAAGAAAGGAAGACCCAUAAAAGUCUAUGACAAACUGGCUGGUCUUCGCUACGAAAUGGAUUUGGAAACAGCACGUGCAAAUUAUCCAAACAGACUAGAGAGGUUAGAAGAAGAACGUCUUAUGGACAUGCCUUUCGAUGUUAGUGAACCUCAAGUUGAAGGACACGACGGCUUUGCCAGAUUCUACUGGAAACAUGACGAACAAUUGCAUCCUUUGAGAAGGAAAAAAGGUAGUGCAGAGGAUGGUCAUGCUCCCAUGGAAAGAACAAGAUAUGCAUAUGAAAAGUACCGUGAAGUUAGAAGUCAAAUUACAUCUGGUCGAACUUUUACAGUAAACUUUGACGAAGGAAAGAACAAAGAAGGCUUCAUGGGUGUACUUGCUGCAAUUCAAGACGGAAAUAAGAAAGGACACAAUCUCAGAUUGACCAUAACGGAUUUGGAUGGUCACAUUUACUAUGCAAAUGGCAAUGAACAAACAGCUGCAAAACUUCUUGACGCUUUCAAGACUACAAAGAGAGAACAAAUGGUUGACUCCGACUCAGACAUUUUGAAUGCAAUUGAAGGAAUUGCAAGUGUCAAGUUCGAAUGGUACCAACCUAACCCUCAAGCAGUCAGACAACAUGCUGGAUACUUUCCGUUCAUAAAUAAGUCUGACAUUGACUUGACAAGGUAUGGAAUUUACAAUUCAAUUGAAACAAUUGUCAAUGAACCUUGCAUUCUUACAUGUCUCAGGAACUCUGGUCUUGUUUCAGAAGAGAAGAUGAAGUAUCUUGAGUCAUGUGUGAAGACAAGGUACAUUCUCAGAGGUCAAUUGGCAAAAAUUGCACCGUUGGCAAAUGUCAAUAUCCGAGUCAACAUACCUACAGCUAAAGGUUCUUCACAUGACGACUAUGUUGUUGAGUUCAAUUUACCAUGGUUGAAGAUUGUAAUUGUCCACAACCACUUCAUGUUGAACGAAAGUCUUACAAACCCAUUGUUCGGAAAAGGCAA